CCCCAAGGCUGUGUACUGAGCCCCCUGCCGUAUUCCCUCUACCCCCAUUGCAAGGGCAUCUCACACUCCAAAAUUAUAAUCAAGUUUCCUGAUGGUCACGACUAAAAUCACCCAUCCGUCACCUUGAGCUGAACACCAACAAAACCAAGAUGCUCAGAGUGGAUUUCUCCACAAGCGGAAGAGGAGCUUGAUUCCACUCAUCAUCGUUUGGAAAUCUUCCAGGAGGGCGGCGCUAGAACCACACGCCCCCUCCUGACGCCCGUCGCCGAGAAUCAGUGAAGACUCUGGAGGGGACACAGACGUUUCACAACAUAAGAGAACUGGACGGAAACAUGACGACCUGUGGCCAGUCCUCGUCCGACGACCUCGUCUUCUUCGUGAAUGGGAAAAAGGUUGUGGAGACAAAUGCAGAUCCCGAAAUGACCUUGCUCACCUAUCUGAGGAGGAAGUUGGGCCUACCAGGGACCAAGCUGGGUUGCGCCGAAGGUGGCUGCGGAGCGUGCACGGUGAUGCUGUCCAAAUACCAACCCCACACCCAAAAGCUGCUUCAUUAUGCCGUCAACGCCUGCCUCGCCCCGAUCUGUUCCUUGCAUCUGGUUGCUGUGACCACUGUGGAAGGAAUCGGCAGCGUUGCGAGGCAGCUGCAUCCCGUUCAGGAGCGGAUCGCAAAGGCCCACGGCUCGCAGUGCGGUUUCUGCACCCCGGGUUUCGUCAUGUCCAUGUACACUCUGCUCAGAAAUAACCCCACCCCCAAAAUGGCUGACGUGGAGGAGGCUUUCCAAGGAAACCUUUGCCGCUGCACUGGAUAUCGGCCCAUCCUGGAGGCCUACAAGACCUUCACCGUGGAGGGCGGAUGCUGUGGAGGGAAGGGACGAGAGAACGGCUGCUGUAUGACGAAUGGGGGAGCCGAGGAGAAGGAGGCGGAUGUGGACGCGGCCUCGAGGCUCUUUAACGCUGCUGACUUUGCGCCGCUUGACCCGACGCAAGAGGUCAUCUUCCCUCCGGAGCUGAUGUCCCUGAGCAAAAGUCAGAAGACUCGCUCGCUGCAUUUUUGCAGCGACAGGACAAUGUGGCUGCAGCCCGCCGACUUGGACGAGUUCCUGAGUCUGAAAUGGAAACAUCCUGAUGCCCGAGUGGUGGUGGGAAACACUGAAGUGGGUAUAGAAGUAAAGUUCAAGAAUAUGUUGUAUCCGGUCAUUCUGGCUCCAGCCUUCAUUCCGGAACUCCACAGAGUGACGCACACCGAUGAGGGUAUCGUGUUUGGGGCGGCGUGCACCCUCACCCAAAUGGGUGAUGUACUGAAACAGGCGGUGGAUGAGCUCCCUCUCGACCAGACCCAGUUCUUCCUCGCCAUCCUGGAGCAGUUGCGCUGGUUUGCGGGUCAGCAGAUACGCAACGUUGCGGCCGUCGGUGGGAACAUCAUGACCGCCAGCCCCAUAUCAGACCUGAAUCCCGUUUUCAUGGCAGCCGCCUGCAAAGUCACACUGAUGGACAAAGAUGGCAGCCGCGUGGUUCCGAUGGACGACAGUUUCUUUGUGGGUUACAGGAGGACUGUGCUGCGACCACAAGAAAUCCUGCUGUCCAUCGAGAUUCCCUAUAGCAGGAAGAAUCAGUUUGUGUCAGCCUUCAAGCAGUCACCUCGCCGAGAGGACGACAUCAGCAUCGUCACCGCCGCCAUGAGCGUGACUUUCACACCCGGGACGUGCGUCGUGGAGGAUGCCAGGCUGAGCUACGGCGGCAUGGCGGCGACCACGGUGCUUGCCAAAAAUACGGCGGCCAAACUGUUGGGACGAUGCUGGGGGGAGGAGCUGCUGGCAGAAGCUUGCUCCUCAUUGGCAGAGGAAAUGACCUUGGAUCCCUCAGCGCCGGGCGGCAUGGUGACAUACCGGCGAACUUUGACCCUCAGCCUGUUCUACAAGUUCUACCUGACAGUGCUGCAGAAGCUCCGAGGGCAGGGUCUGAACGUGGAAGAGGUCAGAUCUGAUCUCUUGAGUGCAACAGAGCUUUACCAUCACGAGACGCCAUCCAGCGUUCAGAUCUACCAGGAGGUGCCACAGACCCAAAAUGACGUGGUGGGCCAUCCCAUGAUGCACCUCUCCGCUCUGAAGCAGGCGACGGGCGAGGCGGUGUACUGCGACGACAUCCCGCUGUUUGAGAACGAGGUCUACUUGGCGCUGGUGACAAGCAGCAAGGCGCAUGCUCGCAUCCUUUCCGUCGACUCGUCAUUAGCCGAGCGUUCGCCCGGCUUCAUUUGCUGUGUCUUCGCCGACGACAUUCCCGGCAGCAACGCCAGCGGGGUCAAGCAUGAUGAGACCGUCCUUGCUGAUGGCCAGGUCACAUGUGUGGGUCACAUCGUUGGCGCCGUUGUGGCUGACACUCAGCUUCAUGCCCAGCGAGCCGCCAAAGCCGUCAGGAUCCAAUAUGAGGAGCUGCAGCCUAUUGUCACCAUACAGGAAGCCAUUGCCGCCCAGUCCUUCUAUCAGCCAAUCAGAACACUUCAGAAGGGGGACCUGGAGGAAGGAUUCAAACAGGCAGACCACAUCCUGGAAGGUGAGAUGCACAUCGGCGGUCAGGAACAUUUCUACCUGGAGACCAACGUGACAGUGGCUGUCCCUCGAGGGGAAGACGACGAAAUGGAGCUCUUUACCUCCACUCAGAAUCCCUCCGAGGCGCAGUCUCUGGUGGCCAAGGCUUUGGGCAUCCCCGCCAACAGGGUGGUGGUCCGGGUCAAAAGGAUGGGCGGAGGCUUCGGCGGGAAAGAAAGUCGGACCACCUUACUGUCCACGGUGGUCUCCGUAGCAGCACGCAAAUUGCGACGACCCGUCAGGUGCAUGUUAGACAGAGAUGAAGACAUGUUGAUCACCGGAGGAAGGCACCCGUUCUACGGAAAGUAUAAGGUGGGCUUUCUGAAGAGCGGGAAGUUGGUGGCCCUGGAUGUGUCGUUCUACAGCAACGUGGGAAACUCCCUUGACCUCUCUCUGGCAGUCAUGGAGCGCGCUCUGUUCCACAUGGAGAACUCGUACAGCGUUCCAAACGUGCGUGGUCGCGGCUUUUUAUGCCGCACCAACCUGCCGUCCAAUACGGCCUUCAGAGGCUUCGGAGGUCCCCAAGGCAUGAUGAUUGCCGAGAGCUGGAUCAACGACGUGGCUCAUAGCCUGGGCUGGCCGGCCGACAAGGUUCGACGCCUCAACCUUUAUCAACAAGGCGAGGUAACACCGUUCAACCAGGUCCUGGAACAGUACACUUUGGAUCGGUGCUGGGAUGAGUGCCUGUCCCGCUCGCGGUACCAGCAGCGGAAAGCUGCCGUCGACCUUUACAACAGGCAGAACCGAUGGACCAAACGAGGCCUCGCCGUCAUACCGACCAAAUUCGGCAUCAGCUUCACCGCGACUUUUCUGAACCAGGCUGGAGCGCUCGUUCACAUCUACACGGACGGGUCGGUCCUCCUGACUCAUGGCGGGACAGAAAUGGGACAGGGACUCCACACCAAGAUGGUUCAGGUGGCCAGUCGAGUUCUCGGCAUUCCCUGCUCAAAGAUCCACAUAUCGGAGACCAGCACCCAAACGGUCCCGAAUGCAAGUCCGACUGCUGCUUCAGCCUCCUCGGACCUCAACGGAGCUGCUGUGAGAAAUGCCUGCCAGCUCCUCAACGAGCGCCUUGAACCCUACAAGAUCAAAAACCCCAAAGGAUCAUGGGAAGACUGGGUCAAAGCGGCGUACUUUGACAGAGUCAACCUGAGUGCCAACGGCUUUUACAAGACGCCAGAACUGGGAUACGACUUUGAAACCAACUCUGGCCGAGUGUUCAACUAUUUCAGCUACGGGGUCGCCUGUUCUGAAGUGGAAAUCGACUGCUUGACCGGAGCUCACAAGAACCUGAGCACCACCAUUGUAAUGGACGUUGGUGUGAGCCUCAAUCCCGCGAUAGACAUCGGACAAGUGGAGGGGGCGUUCAUGCAGGGUCUGGGUCUCUUCACCCUGGAGGAACUUCACUAUUCCCCCCAGGGCGUCCUCCUCACCCGGGGUCCGGGUUCUUACAAGAUCCCGGCCUUUGGUGACAUACCCACCGAGCUUACUGUGUCGUUGCUUCGUGACGCAGCCCACGACAAGGCCAUCUUCGCCUCCAAGGCUGUGGGUGAGCCUCCUUUGUUCCUGGCUUCAUCCGUUUUCUUUGCCAUCAAAGAUGCCAUUAGUGCAGCGCGGGCCGAGUCGGGCGUCACCGGCCCGUUCAGGUUGGACAGCCCCGCCUCUGCAGAGCGGAUACGAAACGCUUGCAAGGACCGCUUCACUAAAUUGUGUCCCCCUGCAGACCCCGGGACCUUCCGACCUUGGUCUGUCCAAGUCUGAAUUUUUUGGAAACCUGAACCGCCUGCCAGCAUAUGGAGGAGAUCUUCAAGAACCCACCAAAAUAUAUUGGGCAGAGGAUGGGGACGUUAGCGGACGCCGAAAAGACCUUCCCGUCACACCGCAACUGAUCGCUACGGCACCGUUUAUCGCAGCGCUUUAAAAUCAGUCGGACUAUAAAUGUGUGAUUGUCAAUGAAAGAACAAAUCGUUUAUAGCAGGAGCAACUGCGGCUUUUGCGCCUCUCUCCCUCUGGCUUCCAUUCCGCGUAAAAGUGUGACUAAAAGUAAUUCCGUGUCACUGUGCAGGUGAACUUUCACCGCCACCGUUUUUUUUUUUUUUUUUUUUUUUUUUUUGUGGGAGGUCGUUGACAUUUGGAAUUGUCGCUCGCCCGCCCGCACAGUUGUCCAAAUGAGAGGCGAACGUGCUUCGAGCUGUUUAUUUGUCAUUCCUACAUGAUGUUUACUCAGAAACUGACACAUAAAGCAAACAAGAAUUAAACACUAUUUGAGAUCCACGUGC